CCCCCAAAUGCAUGUCGGGAUACUCUGUAAGGUAAAGCUAACCUGCGCGUCCACAGUCUUUCAGUUUGCUAACAUCAACUCAACUGUUGUUAAAAGAGUAAAUCGAGCCGGAAAAAUGUCUUCUGCACAGUUUCAUCCAGGUAAAGUGCCAGAUCAACACAGGCGGGUCACUGUCAAACACAACCCUGGAUUCCUGGAGAAACUGGGCGACACUGCAGGAGGAACAGUCCUCGGUAUUGGACUGUUUUUUCUCUCGAUCUAUGUUCUUUUCACCAACGAGGGUCGGGCUCUGCAGACCGCAUCCUCCCUGGAUGAAGGUUUCUCUCAGGUGGUGUCUCUGGGGCCUCACCCCGACCUAGAACUGCAGAACAAUCAGCGUUUAGUUCACCUGUCUGCAAAGCUCCACACCUUUCAGGCUCUUCAUGACCCCAACUACAAGGUGGUGGUGCAGGCGGUGAAGCUGAAGAGGGAGGUGGAGAUGUAUCAGUGGGUGGAGUACAGGGAGAGCAGAGACUAUCAGGAGAACGGAGAAUCCAAAACAGAGACCACUUACACCUACAACACUGAGUGGAAGUCGGAGCUGAUCAACAGCAGGAAUUUUGAUCAAGAAAUAGGUCACCAAAACCCCAGUGCCAUGGCGGUUGAGAGUGUGACAGUGGUGGCUCCUGCAGUCCAGGCUGGACCUUUCACUUUGUCUAAAGGUUUGGUGGACCAAAUCAACAAGUUCCAGACUCUGAGUCUGCGGGCUUUUCCACGCUCCCUCUUGGACUCCUUCCUCUCCGUUCAUGAUGAUUACUUCUAUCACACUCAGUUCCCGCUCAGGCCACAGGUCGGGGACAUUCGUGUGCGGUUCUCCUUCGCUGGACUGAGUGGGGAGGACACGCCCCUCGGCCCGCCUCAAACUGUCAGUAUUGUGGCCAUGCAAAGGGGGGAGCAGCUGGUGGCCUUUAAAACCAAAGCAGGUCACCUUCUGGAGAUCCUUUAUGAGGAGGAGCUCUCUGCAGAGGAGGUGUUUGCAAAGGAGCAGCAGCUGAACAGCCUGAAGACGUGGGGACUCCGGGCAGCAGGCUGGGCCCUCAUGUUCAUCGGCGUUCAGCUGGUCACGCGCAUCCUUCACACGCUGGUGAGUUGGAUUCCCAUCGUCAGGGACUUGGUGUCGGUCGGCCUGAAGAUCUUUGCCCUGUGCGUCUCCUGCUCGCUGUCUCUCAUCGUCAUAGCGGCGGGCUGGCUCUUCUACCGCCCCCUGGUGGCGGCCGCUCUGACUGCAGUGGCAGCGCUUCCGGUCUUUUUGGUCCGCAUGGGGCUGCUAGCCAAGAAGGAUGAAUGACUGUGCCUGAGGCUGCGAAGCUAUCAUUUUACUGGGUCCAGAUGACCCCACUGUUGCCAUCCUCAUCUUCACGGUGGCUGUGGUUUAGUAGCCCGGUGCACAGACUUUACCUUUGACGCCUGAUCAUUUAUCCCUUGUGCCGUCUUGUGGGGUCCAGAUGACCCCACUUCCAACGUUAGCACAAGACAAAGUUCUCCAAAAACAAGCUGCCUUGUCCCUUAAAUGUUUACCUCGUCACUCGAGAGGAUUCAGCUUUUGCUGUGUUUACCUCCAGGAGCCUCAAACGGUACAUGACGACCACGCAAGCUUUCAGCUGAAAGGCUUCAUCAGAAUAGCACUGGAUUAAAAAGACUCCAGAAAUGUGGAUGUAUUUGUGCAAAUCAAUCAUCUGCAAUAAUCCGGCAUCAGUCACUGCAGCUCCGCAUUAAUCCUCUUCUUUCCUGAUUGGGGGGGUGGUGGUGGUGGUGGAGGCCGUCUGGUCUCAUUUAGUCCGGGGUGUUUCCAUACAGAAAGGAUGGUUAGGAAGCAGAGCUUUUGUUUGAAAUCCUGCAUGAAUAAAAUCAUAAACCAAAUCCCUAAAGAACCAA